AUGCAGCAGAAAAGAAUACUGCUUCCAGGGGAACCUGUACCUUACGACCCUUCACGCCCAUGGUUUCCGCAAUAUGGUGCCGGCAAUGGAGAAGGGACUCCCUACUUUCGAGGCAACAUUAUAAUAUUGAAUUCCGUCAACUACUUCCAAGGCCAGCCAAUAUCAUUGACAUGCCGAAUCGUGGACGUGCAUAAACCCUUUUGGAAGGCGUGUGCGGUGACCGUCCAAGUCGAGGGGCCUCUGGGCACUUUAGGCGGAACACUAUAUGUCAGAAUGUUCGACAGACGCUUUACACCAGGCAUGCGAUUGAGGUUUGGCUGUCCGAAUUGGUGCCAUGCCAUCGAAGCGGGAUAUCGGAAUUAUGGCUCAUGGCCAGCCAUGCCGAAUACACAGCCAUCAAGUAAUCCUGCAAGAAGUCAAGAUUCACAAAAUACUCUUAGCUUGAAUCAAAGAGAAGAGCGUCUCCAAAGGGCCAUGAUGUAUUACUACGAGACGGAACUGCAAGCGUACAACAAUCUCCGUGACCUUCAAGUGGGACACAUCCCCAAACUGCUUGGUACUGUUACGAUGACAUGGCAAGUAACGAAUGAAAUGGGGUACACUUUCUUUGGAUCCUGCCCUGGAUUAGUUCUCAUUCCUCUCGUCGGAACCCCCUUCCUCGAUAUGCACUACAUCUUACAGCACACGUGGCAGUACAUUUUCAGGGAUCUUUGCAACAUCAGACAAAUUCUGCAGAGUCGAGGCUGGCAUAGAAUUGAUACGACCCCGAGGAAUCUUAUCAUCGUUCCAUGUCAUCCCUGGGGCCUUUUCAAAGUGGUACUGCAGAGCCUGCAACUGAACGACGGGUCUGGUGAAACUGGGACGUCAAUCACAUUUACGCCUUGA